AUGUUCACCGGCAUCGUCGAAGAGAUCGGCGCGGUCGCGUCCCUGCGGGAGCGCGCGGACCUCUUACUAUGGAACGGCGAGCGCAGCGCAGGCGUUGAGCUGGUCGUGGUCGUGACGAAGGCGCUGGACGGCGCGUACGAAGGCUGCAGCAUCGCGAUCAACGGCACGUGUUUGACCGCCACAGCGAUCGAGGGCGAGGGCCCAACUGGACGCGUGACGUUUGGGAUCGCCCCCGAGACGCUGCGGCGGACGAACUUGGGCGCGCUCACUCCCGGCGAUAAGGUGAACGUCGAGCGCAGUAUGGGCAUCGACGCCCGCAACAGCGGCCACUUUGUCCAGGGCCACGUCGACGGCACAGGCACUAUCCGGUCUUUUCGGCGCGAGAACGACUCGCUCUGGGUCCAGAUCUCGACUUGCGCGGCUGUCUUGCGCGACCUCUUGCCGAAAGGGUACGUGGCAAUUGACGGCACGAGUCUCACAGUGUGCGACGUCGACCGCGCGAACGGCUGGUUCUCCAUCAUGCUCAUCGCGUACACGCAGCAGCACGUGACGCUCCCGCUCAAGCACGUGGGCGACCAGGUGAACCUGGAACCGGACGUGCUGGGCAAGUAUGCCGCUCGCUCGCUCGGUAGCGUGCUCGAGCGCGUCGAUGCACUGGAAAAGCAGCUGCAGGUCACAACGUAUCAGACAGCAGGACUUGCAGCGGCCGCCAGUGUGUUGUUGCUGGCCGUAGCAGCUCUUGUCAGUCGGAAGGCAGCGUAG